AUCAGGUGUGGGUAUAUACUGAAAUUCGAUAGAUAGAUGGCAACACUAUCAGAGUUCACAAGUCUGGCAGCCUGGUUCGAAUUUCUGUGUUGGUCAACGUAGGUAUUGAUAUUUCUCCAUCCCUUUCAUUCACAAGGAAAUCUUAAACUGAAAAAAAAUGACUGGACGCGGAAAAGGAGGCAAAGGACUGGGUAAAGGAGGUGCCAAGCGCCAUCGCAAGGUUUUGCGUGAUAACAUCCAGGGCAUCACCAAGCCCGCCAUUCGCCGCUUGGCCCGUCGCGGCGGCGUAAAGCGUAUCUCUGGAUUGAUUUACGAGGAAACUCGCGGUGUACUCAAGGUAUUCCUUGAGAACGUGAUCCGCGAUGCCGUCACCUAUACUGAGCACGCCAAGCGCAAGACCGUGACCGCCAUGGACGUCGUUUACGCUCUUAAGCGCCAGGGACGCACCCUCUACGGUUUCGGAGGUUAAGAGGUUCGCAGAGGACUCACUGGGUUCUCCACUUGAACCAUAUAUAACCAAUUGGUCGCUCUUCAAAUCAAUAUUAACCAUUUAUCCAGCAGUAUAACAAAACAUAUUCCACUUAAACUCAAAUUACGGAAAUACAUAAAUAAAGCAUAAAAUAUCCAAGUAGA